AUGACAGCCACCCUUUAUCCGAUAGUCGGAAACAUCAAUGAAAACCAGGAACUAGCCAGCAUAGGAUUUAGCAUCACAGAUGCUGUAGCAGAAUUAAGUCUAGAAAAUGGGUUUUUAAGGAAUUACAGCAUCAGACUUUAUACCCAGUUGAAUAAUAUCCUUUUGAAAAGAGCACCGCAUGUGACUGCUCCUCCAGAAGAAGCAGGCAACAGAAUUGUCUGUGAGAUCUCAGGACAGAGUGGAAAGAGUACUCAUCCAGAGGACAGUGAUUGUAUCAUUAUGUCUGUGUUGUGCAAGGUGGAUCGGAUCAUCUUCUGUGUCUUCUUAGAAGUUGAUUUCAAAAUCUACAAAAAGAAAAUGACCGAGUUUUUCCCUAUAGAUGAUAAUAAUGAAGAUGUUGACAUGAAAGAAAUUCCAGAGGGAUUACAGCAAAAAGACCUCUCUUCACCCUGUAAGAUAAGCAAAGCUAAGAAGGCAGAAUGCUCGAAAGACUCUAGUGAUGAUGAGAAUGGUCCAGAGGAAAAACAAAGUGCAGAAGAAAUGGAAGGACAGAGCCAAGAAGCAGAUGGUGUCAACACUACUACCACAUCCAGCCCUGCUUCAGAAAAGGCAGUCAAAGUCUGUGAAGAUGAAGAUUCUUCAAAAGAUGACAAUAUAACAAAAGACAAUGAAGUAACAGAUUAUUCUGUGUGCGACCAAAAUCAACCUUAUGGACAAGAAGAUUUAGCAAAGAAUGAAAUAAAGACGGAGGCAGAGUCCCAGAGCUUAGAUAUGGAAACAGAAGAGCUUUCAUCAAACCAAGAAGAUGCCACAAUUGUGGAACAACCAGAAGUGAUUCCACUAAUAGAUGACCAAGAAGAAAAAGAUGCUGAAAAAGCUCAGGGAGAGGACAUAACUAGAAUUCCUGUGAAAAGUGGAGGCUCUGGCGACACAGAAAAUUCUACAAGUCCUGACAUUGAAAUGAAUAGUCAAGGUGAAAGUUUAAAUGACCCAACAGAGACUCAGCAAGAAGAUUAACUGAUAGGGGCACAAGAUGAAGCAAAGGGAAAAGAAAUGGAAGUAAAUGCCAGUCCUCAGCAUGGCAGGCCUCUCCUAACAGCAGGGGAACAUGGGAAGCCAGCAGCAGUGCUGUGGAGACGGGGUGGGGGUGGAGGGAAGGCAAAUCCCUUGUAAGGACAGGAAACCCUUUCCUCUAAUUUCUUCAACUGCAUUUUUUUUUUCUGUUUACCUACAGAAAGGAAGUUUUCUUUGUUAGAUGGUGAGACCCAUGUUAACAUGCUAUUCAGACACUAUUCCUGUAAUUUCUGUCUUUUUUCUUAGUUUUGCCCUAGGAUCAGAAGUUUACCAUUCACAUGAGCAUCCUGGUUCCUGUCUGUACUUUCUGAGUUAUUUCACAAAGUUGUACAGUGAUUUCUUCAGAGAAAGAAAAGAAAGAUAAUUGUUUGAUGAGCUGCAGACUAAAUUUCAGAAAUCACCAGGUCCAGUAUCAGUAUAAUCCACAAGUAGGCAGAAUAGGAAAUUGGUAAAAAAAUAAAUCCUUAGAGAUCCCUUGGAAAAGGUCAGGACAAUGAAUUAGAAGUAUUUUAUCCAGGGAUUCACAAGGUUUAACUUUGUUCCACAUAGUUAAAGAGGAAUAGGCAAAUAGUAAUUAAUUCAAAGAAAAAUGCAUAGGUCUAACAAUGAAGGUAGGACCUGGAAGCCAACAGAUUCUCUUGUCUCAUUAUCAGGUGUAUCCUUCUUUGCCUUUUUCAACAGAACUUGCUUGGCAUCUGAGGUCUCUACCAGGUGUACAGCACCAGUGAGAAGUGAUUUUGAGACACAACUAAAAGGGCUGUCACUCUUCUAGAUGUUUGAGUUAAGAGAGGUGGCAGUUACAUUUAAGAUUGAAACACAUUUCUAGGAAUGUUCAAAGUUCUUCUUGAAAUCUACUCAUUGAUAUUCUUUACAGAAAAGAACAUCCUGUCUUUAUCCCAGGUUUGAUGGCCCUCAGAGGAGGUUAGAGACAAUUAGAGGCCACGAUUAUAGUUCUGACCUCCCAGGUCUGCAUUUAAAUGGUAUAGUUUGCUCAUGUCAAGUCCAGACUUAAUUUCAUGAUUUGGCUACUUGUACCAGGGAACCACUGACUCUGAUCUUGAAGGGGAACAGAAGUACACAACCCAAGACACCAGUGAUAAAGUAGGCAUGAUGGAUCAGGUAACAGGAAGAAUACAGACAUUGUUAGCAACUUCUGUCUCAGAGCCAAUGAGAACAGCCAACCAUCCCCAUUCAAGGUGCCUGCUUCCCACUGUUUUGCUAGGUUCUAAGAGCAGUUGCCCCCACCCCCACUAUGGAGACACAUAUCAUUGAUUAUUUAUCUUCUUAAAUCCAAAUUUAUUAUAAAGGCUUUAAAAUUGUAUGUUACAUAUAUAUAUAUAUAUAUAUGAACAGGAAAAUUAAUGCAUCAAAUUGAAUAUUUCUAAAUAGAAGGGCUUUCUUCUUUCUAAAUCAUCUGUGAAAUGCAUCAGUUUUGCCCUUUCUUCUAUGUAAAAUGCAUCUUCUUAUCUUCCAAUGAAUUUGUCUUGGUUUUCUGAAUUGGUUGCUCCCUGAAUGGCAUAUUUGAUAUACUGGACUAUUAAGCAAACUAAACCUCUGCUUACGUGUCUUAACAUCCCAAACAAUUGUUAAGUUGGUUAUCAUCCUAGAGCAAAAUUACUGGCCUUACAAUUUUGUAACAUGAUCAUUUAUUUUUCUAUUAUUCUGUGGUUUACUAACUACCCCUACUGUCAGUAGACAUUGUUUCUUAGAAAAACAAGGAAAAGACUCAUUUUAAAUAGCCUAAGAAAUGAUGCCAUAUGGAUGAUGGUAGACCCUAUAUUUCAUGUCAUCUUUAUAACUUAAUUGAAUGUCACCAUCAUUCUUGUGAAAUACUUGACAAGUGCAAUCUGCUAGGAGCAUGUACUCUGGUGACUUCCAAAUGUUAGUGCUACUCAUGCUCAGUAAUGAGCUACAGUAGCAAACAACAUGAGGGGAACAAGAAGCAUGGAAAUUUUUAAAUGGAAAAUGAUAUUGACAUAAGAGAUCUAACAUCCCUGCAAGGAUACCAAAUUUGAGAUCUUUUCAGCCCUUGUAUUCUCUCUGUCAUUGUUGACAGACAUUUCAUUCAUUCAUUUUCAAUGUGGGUAUUGUAGACAUGGAAAGAGAGUGUUCUCUUCCUGAAAAAAAUAUAGAAAAAGGAGAGCAAGUCUUGUAUUCAGGAAAGUAAGAGCAUGAGGAAUAAAUAGCACCCCCCCCAAAUUUAUUUAAUUUUGAUUUUAUGAUGAGACUUUUUUAAAAUUUAUUUUAGCCUCAGCAUUCUGGCUGCUAUUUGGCUGUAAGAUUUUAUGCUUUAAAAUAAAUAAUGAAGUUAAUUUUUCAUUUCAAGAGUAGAGUAUUAAAAAUCUGGCCAGAUGGAAGUCCUCAACACAGGGGUCUUUUAUUUUGUUGGCUCUGUCACUAUACAGAAUGCACAAUGGAAAAUUUGAAAGCCAACUGAUUCUCCCACACAUGAAUUCUGGCUGUCAGUGUCUAACUGCACUUCAGCCCAGCUAUGUGGCAUGAGAAGUUACAUGAGGGAGGGGGGAAAAUGACCCUAUAUUAGUCAUGUUUGCAUAUAGAGAAUCAAAGUAGGCUUUCAGUUCUAAUCUAAAAGGUACUCAGAGGAAAGACAAAGAUGUUUUUCGUCUGUUUGGUAACUACUCAGAUGACAGACAACUCUUCCUUCAUAAAAGCUUACAAAGGAGGCACCGAGACACUGUCUGUGACACUGGGUCACAUAUUAGUCACUGCAGCUAAUUGAAAAUCUUUUAUGAAACACUGAAAAACCUCUUUGUGAAUUAAUACAGUUCUGCUUGAUGCACUUGAUUUGAAACAACAUUUCUCUGGAUGUGGUGCAUGUUGCUUUAAAAAAUAACGAAGUUAGCAGAAUAUGUUCGAUAUAUUUUCUUGGGCAGUAGGGUUUUUAUCACAUGAUUCAUUGAGGAUUUGCCUUACCCUAAACUUUGUGAUAUAAAGGAAAAUCAGGAAAAAAAAAAGUAAUUUUCUCAAUCAAGGUAUGUUUUUACUUAAUGCAAAUAAACAUAGUCUGUCGCUUGCAAGGAAGAAAUGUCUUCUGGUAUCUGGUGUAAACUGCUAAACAGAAUAAUAUAUGCCUCUCUUGUUAAACCAGCACUUAAGUACUGGACUGCUUCUAAAUCUGUUUGAUUCUUUUCAUCUGUGCCACACACUAAGAUACUUAAGACAACUGUUGCCUUCAUACUAUAUUUGUUAGAGCAGAAUACAAAUAAAAUUUGAGAGGAUAAG